ACAAAGGGUGUGGAAAAGCCCUUUAUAUACAGAGCUUUCACAGCAGCAACUACAUUCGGCAGCAUUUCUUGGGAUUGUGUUUUGCUUAUUAAAAACGUCCUCUAUUGUUCUUCAUUUAGAUACUCAAGAAGUUCCAAUUUAAAGGAAAUGGAGACCGUCCACGAGUUCGUCCCGUUCGCCAAAGAAAUUCUGAGCCAGAAGCCUAGCCGAGGUAUGGCGAAGGUGUACCUGGUCGGCUCAGUCCUGGCUUUCUUCGGAGUGGCGGUCGGGGUGCUGGAGACUGUCUGCCAGCCCUUUUAUGAACAAGAGCCAGCGGAUGAAGAUCUGGCGCAGCUGUCAGCUCUGGAACGACGGAUGACUGAGCUCGAAAUCGUGAGCCGGAGGGCGGAGGCAGCAGCGGCCAUGGAUGAAGAUAAUGAGUAUAAAGCCAAGUAUCAGGCGGCUAACGGGCGCAGGAAUUCCGCCAACCGUCUGCAUGCGUCCUAAAGACUUGUUGCACUGUUGUCAAGGCAUGUAAAGACCAGCAACAAUCGGUUGUGUUGACUUACGGAGGUUCUGAAACAAAUUGUAUUUGAUGCCUGGGAAAUAAUAGAAAGAAGGAAUGAAUCUUAGUCAGAAAACAUUAAUUGCUUGCUGCUGUGCAGCACAUAUUUUGAUAUAUUUUAUGAUGCAAUGUCUGCUGGUGUUCACAGAGGAGACAGCUGAAAGUGAAGAACGAUUGUUUACUGUUACCGAGGUUUUUUUUAUCAGUGGGUUUGUGAGGGCGAGAAGGAGAAAAUGUAAUGAGAGAGCCGGGGUUUGUCUUGAAAACUGACGAGGAGAUCGGUUUAAAAUGCUUUAUUUGCACAUUUUUGCAUCUUAUUAAAAACAUUUAUUUUUUGUUGUGUUUUUACCAUUGUUUGAUAAUUUCUACAUGGGAUGCGUGUGUUUUUGUUAGUGUCUACCCUGAGUGUGACUAUCGUUUAAACCAUCAACUACCCUGUCUGUGCUGCUGUUAAUUAUCACUGGCAGUGAGUUGUGAAUAAAGUCAGACCUUCCAUUUUAAAA